AUGGAUAUCAAAACGUUGCUCGCCAAUCUUCAUGAAGAAGUAUCCUGUUCUGUGUGUAUGGUCACAUUUACCGCACCAAAACAGCUACCAUGUUUGCAUAGCUUUUGCCUCCAUUGUUUAGAGGGAAUUCAACGGACGAGUGGUCGCCAUGAUGUGAUAACAUGUCCUGAGUGUCGAAGGGAGAGUCAACUUCCCGGAGGAAAUCUUAAAGAUCUGCCCACCAACUUUCGCAUCAACAGCUUACUUGAUGUGUUGGCCAUACGGGAGUGCCGUUCUACUGGAGUCAAAUGCGGAAACUGCGACAAACGAAGGGUAGAAAGCUUCUACUGUUUUCAGUGCUGUACAUUCUGGUGUGACGAGUGUAUCACUGUGCAUAACUUACUCCGAGCAAACAAAGACCACCGAGUUCUCGCGCUAAGAGAUUUUGAAGAUCAAGACAUCGAGGAUGUCUUAAAACGACCAGCAUUUUGUUCACGACAAGGCCACGAAAAGAAAGAAUUGGAGUUCUUCUGUAAGAAAUGUGAGCAAGCCAUUUGCAAUUCUUGUGUUGCAACCACUCACGAUCGACAUGGUAAGAUACUACUGGAAGAAGCGGCAAAUGAAAACAAAUUGCUAGUCAUGUCUGCGAUUGAGUCAAGAAAAGCAAAACUGCAAAAGAUGAGAAACAAAAUAUCUAAAAUUGACGACGAGUGUGAUAAAAUCGAAACAAACGUCGCAAAAGUGAAAAGAAGCGUGCAACAAUUUGCUGAAAGCAUGAUUGUUGUCAUCGAAGCCAAGAAACAGCAAAUCUUUACUGAAGCGGAUCAUGAGGCGCAACAAUCUCUACAACGUUUGCGAGUACAAAGGUUCGAGAUUGAAAACAGGGUCAAAAACAUCGAAGCAGUAGUAGGAAAAUCUGAAACGCUACUAAAACGAAGCACAAACGCAGAGCUUGCACAGAUAGAUAAAACAUUGUGCACAAUAAUCCCGAAAGAGGUUGAUGAUGAGCGAGAAGAAAUGGACUGUGACCUUGAAGGACUACGUGAAUUUAUUUUCGAGGAAAACGAAUCCUUAAAAACAAAAACAAACCAUGAAGGAAUCGGCUGUAUUCGUACGUUUCCCAACAAGACCAAAGUGGAUCAGUCGAUUGCUGAGGGAAAAGGACUCACUGAAGCGAUUGUUGGAAUUCAAGCGAACUUUGCUCUCACAACAAGAAAUGCUGAAGGACAACAAUGCUACGAAAAGCGUGACCGAGUAACAGCGGAAAUAAAAAAUCACCAAGGCCAUGACUGUGCAACAGAAGUUCGAGUCCAAGAUAAGAAAGAUGGAAGCUACAAGAUCAGCUAUUUUGUCAAAGAAAGUGGAAGAUGUGAGGCGGUAGUCAAAGUUAACGAAGAACAUGUUCCAGGCAGUCCCUUUCCAGUUCAAGUGAAACCCAGGCAAUUCAGACCCGUAAUAUCUUUCGGCCAACAUGGUUCGACGGCUGGAAUGUUAAACCAACCCUGGGGAGUGGCAGUUAAUGAACGAGAUGAAAUUGCAGUGACUGAAAUCGGUAACGAAAGGGUACAAGUAUUCAGUUGUGAUGGAACUUACCUACGGUCGAUUGGUGGGAACGGUGAUAAACAAGGAGAGUUCAGCUACCCAGCCGGAAUGAUUUUAGAUGAGAAAAGUAACAUUAUUGUGGUGGAAAAUGGAGCCCACUGUGUUAAAUUGUUCAAUGAGCAGGGUAAGCAAACAAGGCAUUUUGGUGGGGAAGGAAAUCUUGAUUACCAGCUAUCUAAUCCUCUUGGUCUAUCCGUAGACAACGACGGAAAUAUCAUUGUUGCUGAUUCAAAAAAUAAAUCGAUCAAGAUCUUUUCUCCUUUUGGCCACUUCUUACGAAAAUUAGGGGGUGAAGGUUCUUUCACCUUUCCGUUUCACUGUGUGCAAUAUGACAAAUAUCUGAUAGUGUCAGACGCGUACGAACAUUGUAUCAAAGUGUUUGAAAGAAAUGGUAAUUUUCUGUACAAAUUUGGAAAGAAGGGGAAGGGGUAUGGGGAGUUCGAUAACCCUCGUUGUUUGUCAGUUAACAAGGCAGGACACCUGAUGGUUUGUGAUUCUUCAAAUCACAGAGUUCAGGUAUUUGAGCUGAGUGGAAAAUUUUUGACAAAAUUUGGAUCAAAAGGAAAGAGUAAGGGAGAAUUUAAUCGCCCUGUCUCUACUGCAGUGCUCAGCGAUGGUCGAAUAACUGUGUCCGACUUCGGUAACAAUCGCAUCCAUAUAUUUGAAUAG